CCUUCUGAGUUUUUAUUAUUAUUAUUAUUAUUAUUAUUUGUUUUUGUUUUUUUUAAACCUCCAUUUUAGAUAGACAGCAGAAUGAUCCGCGCGUACAUUAUGUACCCUAAUAAACCCUAAUAACCAAGUCUAAAUGAAUCCAAAUGAAUGAACAGUGUAAGAGUUAAUCCAGCACUGAACAUGUCAAUUCGGCGUCGUGAGUGCUUCUGUGGAGGGAUGGAGGGACGGAGGCUGUGCGUUUUUUCCCUGCCCCCCGUUUUUUUUUUUUUUUUUUUUUUUUUUUUAAUCACACCACACACGCUUCAUUGCUCCGUCCAUAUGACACACACGUAUUUCCGGUGCUUAUACGUUUGGGGAAACACUGUUAAGAGUGUUAGACUUUCAUGAUGGGGAACUAACUACAGCUAUUAAGAGUAAUAAUAAUAAUAAUAAUAAUAAUAAUAAUAAUAAUAAUAAUAUCGUUCCCGUCGGCUCUAGAACCCGCAGUGUUGCACUGCAUGUGCGUGUGGAAACGUGAGCAGAAAGACGAAUACAUUACAACCCACUGUAGCAGAAACAGCCUCUUGAUGUAAAGAAUUAGUGGGGGAAAUACACCACCAGCACCAGCACCAGUACCAGUACCAGCACCAGCACCACCGAGGAGCUCUGGGUUUAUCUGGUCAACGUUUGAGAGAAUCCAUAAUGAUGCCUGCACGAGAAACCACCAAGAAGAAACCCCCCAAAGACAGCUUAACGUUAUUACCCUGCUUCUAUUUUGUAGAGCUGCCCAUCGUGGCUUCCUCUAUGGUCUCGCUGUACUUCCUGGAGUUGACGGAUGUGCUGCAGCCAGCGCAGGUGGGUUUUCGCUGCCACGAUCGCUCACUCAGCAUGCCCUACGUGGAGAGCGGAGAGGAACUUAUCCCCCUGCUUAUGCUGCUGAGUCUCGCCUUCGCUGGCCCCGCUGCUUCUAUUAUGAUUGGAGAGGGUAUUGUAUAUUGCAUGCAAUCCAGACUCAAGAUAGGGCCUGGGAAUGAGGGAAGCAUCAAUGCUGGUGGAUGCAAUUUCAACUCCUUCCUCCGCCGAACUGUGCGUUUUGUUGGUGUUCACGUGUUUGGUCUUUGUGCCACGGCACUGGUCACUGACGUCAUCCAAAUUGCCACUGGCUACCACACACCCUUCUUUCUGACUGUAUGCAAGCCCAAUUACACCUUCCCUGGAGUCUCCUGUGACAGAAAUCCCUACAUCACUAAAGACAUCUGCUCUGGCCAUGACCAGCAUGCCAUUCUCUCUGCCAGGAAAACCUUUCCUUCCCAGCAUGCAACUCUUUCUUCCUUUGCUGCUGUUUAUAUUUCAAUGUACUUCAACUCCACUAUCUCAGACAGCACCAAGCUGCUGAAACCUGUGCUGGUGUUCGCCUUCGCCAUCGCAGCUGCCCUGACAGGUCUUACUCAGAUCACACAGUAUCGCAGCCACCCCAUUGACGUCUACGUGGGCUUUUGCAUUGGCGCUGGCAUCGCUGUGUACCUGGCGUUCUAUGCAGUUUCUAACUUCAGACCAGCGCAGGAAGUCGUUCCUGUUCCUGCUCCACCCCCUCCGAAGGAUGCCCUGCGAGCUCUUGCCCAGAGAGGCCACGACUCGGUUUACAAUAAAGGCCAUGCCUCUGAGAGUAACGAAGAGAUCACGUCACCGUCUUCCUUGGACGGCUUGAACCGCCCCAUCCAGCGGGAGAAGGCAUCAUUGGGCAGCCUGAAACGGGCCAGUGUAGAUGUAGAGCUCCUUGCACCCCGCAGCCCUAUGGGUAAGGAGACUAUGGUGACAUUCAGCAACACUUUACCACGAGCUACAGCUGCAGGCCCUGAGGAGCCUGCAAGGCGGCUGGUAACGGUGCCUGUGCCUGUGGACCCAAUGCGCUCACACCAGCUAGUCUCUGAAUGGAAGCAGAAGUCCUUGGAGAUGCGCAGUGCAAGUCUACAGAGCGAAGACGGCAGUAAAGAGGACUCAGACCUAGGUGAGGACACCACUGAGGAAGAGAGUGCGCCAUCCACAUUAUACAGUGCCACCGUACCACAUCCUGCCAAGCCGGCUAAUGCACCAACUGGAGUAAGGGUAGUGAUGCCCCCCAAGCCGCCAGUCCCUCCUCCAGUGUCUCCGAAGAGUGCGAGCACCCGUGCUAAAUGGCUGUCCAUCACAGAGAAGAGUGGGGCCAACAUUCCAGGUGCGCUCAGGGCAACGAACCAACCUCGCAUCAUGCAAGUCAUUGCCAUGUCCAAGCAGCAGGGUCUGCUGACCAGCACACCCAAAUCCUCUGAGACGUCAUCCUCCUCUGCCACCUCCUCUAUCACAGGCACCGAGUCACCCCCCUAUCGCCCACCAUCUGAGCGUGACAGCAGCUCUGGGAUCAUCACAGUGGAUGCCCAUGCCAUCCACCACCCUGUAGUCCACAUGGUCUCCAACCCUGCCAAUCCCUGGGAGUGGAGGGGAACUUCCAAUGGGAACAUGACCGAGUCAUAUGAACUCAACGACUUGAACCGCGAAGGGUCUAGAGGAUAUCGUCAGGUCAAGAACAGCUCACCGUGCUCUUCGACCGGUGAGGCUGACGUAGAUUCCCAUAAGCCUCUUCAGCCCCCUCAACCUCCCCAGCUCCCCAAGCUUGAUCAAAACAUGGAGGGACGCAGUCUGCGUUGCAAAACCCCUCUUGUGCUUAUUGAUCGGGAGAACCCUCAGAGCCACCAGGAGAACUUCUACAAAAAGCUGCAAGGUGGAAGACGGUUCAAAGAGUGACAAGGUACAACAUCCAGGGGCACAAACGAUGCAGGUUGGACACGUAUCACUAUGCAUCACUCAGACUCUCAUUCUCAUUUUGUGCAUCUUUUCGUUUUGAUGACUUUGCUCACUAGUGAGGGGAAAUACCUGAACGGUUCAAUGAGAAACAUAUCCAGAAAAUGUCGCUUCAGCCAAUACAACGAGCACAAUAUUUUUGUCCGUCUCUCUCUAGACUGGAAACACAACGAAACCUAACGAAGAACAUCUACGCCUGGAUACUUUAUUUACCAAAAUCCUCAGAUUUCAACUACGAACAAAAGUCUGUUUGCAAGGUUGCUCUUUUGUAUUGUGGCCUUUUAUCUGUUGGUACUUGAUUUUAAGCACAUUUGUCUGUGCCUAUGAUGUCAAGUGGAUUUCAUCUAUUUAUGUCUUUUAAUGUGGUACUAUCUUAGAAUAUAUUGCCUUGGGGAUAAUAAUACUCUAAGAUAAACAAUUUAAUAGAGUUUAAAUCGAUCAACUUUCUCCUCGUGAAGGAGGGAGCUCGACUUCUUUCGCUUAAAGAAACGCUGCACUGAAAAAUGCUUGGCUUGUAGUAGUUCUUACCACUACUGCUUUUAGCACUUUUCAGUGUAGUGCACUAAUGGGGGAAUGUAGCUAUUUUGACACGUGGAGCUUACAGGCUCGUGUGCUCGGAGGAUCCUGACUGUAACUCGUGCACAACUUAUGCAUUUUAUAAACACUUAAAUUUCAGAGGCUGUCAUUUCUGGCUAUAUAAACCUGUUGGUAAAAUCACUGGAAGUCAUUUUAUUGAACAGUAAGUUCCAUGUCAUAAUGGUCUACAUUUCCCUGCAAAAAUCUUCUUGGAAAAAGUUGAAUUUUAUUGCUCUUUUAAAUAAAGGAAUGCAUUAUUCUGAGCACUUAAAGAUAAAGCACAGGGAAGUGCCUCAAGUGGCAUAUAGUUAUAGUUAUAGAUUCUAGUACUGAAAAUGUGUUCAUAAGUAAAGGGGUUUGUUUAAGACAUUUCCUGUCUGCAUAUUUUGCUUAUAUUUUUCUCUGGCAUUGAACACGCCUGUGGCGUGUGCUCGCUUGCCGAUGGACUACUGCAUGUUAUGUUAGUGGUUUCAGUAUCCGUUGGAAGUCCAGCCCUGUCGCAGUGAUGAUGAAUUCAGUUCGAUCAGUGAUUGUCUAUGUAUCAUGUGGCAAACGAAGCCCGUUGAAAGUACGACGUGCAGACGCGAAGAUAUCAAAUAAUAUCAUUUUCAGAUUGCGAUAAUAUUUUGCCAAACCUUUUCAGCACAGUUGGAAAACUAUGAUAGCAUGAUAAUGUAUUAAAAUGAUAUGUAUUCAAAGAUAUAUUUUAUUGUUCUUCAUAACAUUUAUGUAAUAAGAAAUAAUUCAUAACAUUUUUCAGGGUUUUUUUUUUUUUGUUUUGUUUUUUUUUUUGGGGUCACUGCUGACCGAGUUCCUAAUGGAGAGGUUAAUCACAGUGUGUUAAAGUACAGGUUUAAACAGAGACGGGCGCUCUGGGCGGUGCGACGGGUAACAGCACUCGGGAGUUUACCAUCUGUGGUCGGGUUCCAAGAGAGUAUAACUGGAGCAGAGUUUUGGGUGGAAAUGGUGCAAAACAAACCAACAAAAUCCAGUACAAACAUACAGAGUGACAUUCUCUAUUUGAAUCAUCCAUGACAAUCAGAUUGUACACAGAGCUCCAAACUGAUUCAAGGAACAAAAAAGGAAAAUCAAUAACAAACAAAUUUUUACUAGGAAUCAGGGCUGCAACUAACAAUUAUUUUCAUAAUCGAUUAGUUGGCCAAUUAUUUUUUUCGAUUGGUCGAUUAAUCGGAUGGGGGCGGGGCGAGCUUUCAGGUUAGUAAAAGACUAACGUGUUCCAUUUGAGACGAUAUUACCUUCUAAAAUUCAUACGCUAGCCCAGUGGUUCUCAACCUUUUGUGAGCUCUGGACCCCUCGCAUAUUUCGAACAAUCCACACGGACCCCCUCACUCCACAACAGUUGUAGGCUACAUAUUAAACAGUCAUUUCUAUACAUGUUGCUUUAUUUUAUUAAAAGUUAACAUUAAUGAUAUUAACAUUAAAACAUUCAAAUCAAAACAUUUCAAGAGUUUAUGUUUGACAUUUUAUU